GAGGAGGCUCAGAGCGGAGGAGAAGGAUGCUGGACGCUGGACGCUGAGACGGUGCCGGCGUCGUUACACUGAGGAAACUCACAUCCUGAACAGGAGCAACAACGACAACACAUCUGUGUUCACGCCUCAGCAGCGUCGGGUGAAACCAUGGACGUGCACGGCGGCGCCCCGGGCGAGGAGCUCACCGACGAGGAGAAGGAGAUCAUCAACGGCGUGCUGGCCCGUGCCGCCAUGAUGGAGGCCAUGGAGCAAGAGAGGAUUGAGCGUCUUUCCAGUCGCCUGGAUAACAUCAAGAAGACGGCGUGUGGUGACGGGGACUCGCUCUGUCUGCUGUGUGGGGCCUCAUUCGGAUCAGGGGGGGUCACGGCCGUCCUCUGUGUGCAGUGCAAAAAACACAUGUGCAGUGAAUGUGGGAUUUGGAGCAACAGCAGGACGUGUCCUACGUGGCUGUGUCGCAUCUGCAACGAGCAGCAAGAGAUACAGAAGCGUUCUGGAGCUUGGUUCUUUAAAGGGCGAGAGCAGCGGAGUCUGCCGGCCCCCCUGCCUCUGUCCAGACCCAAACAGUCGAGCUCAGAGAACAGAUCGGCUCCGGGGGGCCACAGGGGCCCGAAGGAACCGACUACACAUCACGGAGGAAACGAGCUCGGUGACGAACCACGGCAGCGUCCCGGUGGAUCAGAACAGUGGGAGCAGACGGCGACAACAGCAGCUGACAUCUGUAAUGAGAAUCAUCCACAUCCAGCAGCUGUAACGAAGACCGAGAGACAUGUGUUGGCCUCCAAAACGCCGCGGACAAACGCACAGCAGGCGUCCUCCACCUCAGCUCCUGCUGCAGAUGUGCACAGCAAACAGAGAGAAGAGACAGUGUCCCCUGCACCUGUGGAGGACAGAAGACAACCAGUAGUCUCCAGCUCUAUUGCAUCUCGUGUUCCUGCAGCUAGAGUCACUGUAAACCCACCUGCCAAUAACCCGCCUCCCCCCAGACCUCCUCCAGAUCGUACAGAGGAGGAGGACAUCGACUACGACUCAGAUGAUGCCACUACUCUGGGCUCUCUGGAGUUCAGUCUACUUUACGAACAGGAGAACCACGCCCUGCAUUGCUGCAUCGUUAAAGCCAAGGGUUUGAAGCCAAUGGACUCGAAUGGACUGGCCGACCCGUAUGUGAAGCUACACCUGUUACCUGGAGCCAGUAAGUCCAACAAGCUUCGCACCAAGACACUUAAAAACACCCUGAAUCCCGUCUGGAACGAGACUCUCAUCUACCACGGCAUCACCGAUGACGAGAUGUCACGCAAAACUCUCCGGCUGUCAGUGAGUGAUGAGGACAAGUUUGGACACAACGAAUUCAUCGGAGAGACACGAGUGGCCCUGAAGAAACUGACAUUUGACCAGAAAAAGAAGUUCAACGUUUGUUUGGAGAGAGUGAUCCCGGUGAAGAAAGCUGUCGGAGGAUCAGCCCGUGGGAUGGCUCUGUAUGAGGAUGAUGUGAAUGAAGCUGAGGACUCAGAGGAGAGAGGUCGUAUCCUGGUGUCGCUGACGUACAACAGUCAGCAGAGUCGUCUGAUCGUGGGCGUGGUCCGAUGUGCUCACCUGGCGGCCAUGGACUCCAACGGAUACUCUGACCCGUUUGUUAAAGUAUGUCUGAAGCCAGAUAUGGGAAAGAAAGCAAAAAACAAAACACAGAUUAAAAAGAAAACCCUCAACCCGGAGUUUAACGAGGAGUUCAGUUAUGAAGUGAAACACGCUGAACUGGCUAAAAAAAACCUUGACAUCUCAGUCUGGGACUACGACAUGGGGAAAUCCAACGAUUUCAUUGGCGGGUGUCAGCUGGGCAUCCAGGCCAAAGGAGAGUGUCUGAAGCACUGGUACGAAUGCCUCAAGAACAAAGACAAGAAGAUUGAGCGCUGGCACGUUCUUCUAAACGACAGCAGCGUCCAGUUCGAGGAUUAAAACGCCUCCUCCCUCCUCCGCUCCUCCUUCUCCUCUCCCUGUAGGUUACUGUAGGUCAUUGUCUUAUGUCCCCAGGCUGUGAUGUGAAUGCUACAUUUCAGGUGACCAACAUGGAUGUUAACCUCUGGGUCGUCAUUUAUUUAUUUAUGUUUCUUCGAAGAAGAAGUACUGACUAUUAUCACAUCAUAAACUCUAUCAUGUUAUGAAUAAACCCGACCGACUUACGGUCAGGAUUGAACAGAGCGAUUAUCUUGUUUUAUGGAGACGAUAAGAUCCUUGUCUUCCAUGUGUUGUAACGAAGUGUCCGAGCAUCUGAGCCCGCGGAGGAUUCGCAGGUUUCUGUCUGACCUCUUUCCCUCGUGUUGAUCUUUACUCCUGUCACAUCAGAUCCGUUGAUCUCAGCUUGAUCGAGCGUCGCCAGAAACAUCCGUCUCUCGUGUUAUCGUGCAUCAUCGUGUUGAACGGAAAACGGGACGAUGUGAACAAACUGUUUUGUUGUUGUGCAUGUCUCAGCUUUCUGUCUUUGUGCAGAUCUAAAAAAAAAGAAAAGAAAAGAAAAGAAAAAGCUUCUGCAUGAUGUUUUCUGAUGAUGUUUUCUUCUAAUUUGAGCCCAGAGUUCGUCCCAUUGAUGCGUUUUAAGGUCAAGUUAAAUGUUUACAGCGACAUACUCGACAUUUUUCUCUCUGCACUGACACCGAUGCACGUCUGAGCUCAUGCUGUACCACACACGUGGCUGAUAAAUAAAGACAUGGCAGCA